CCCACACGUUUUAUAGGAGCAUGUUCCAGGCUCAGAGUAUUAAAAGAAAGGAGCAGAGCUUGGCUAAGUAUACGACUUGCACUGUCAAGCGGUGAAAGAUCAGAACUUGCAGCAGCACACGCGUCCCUUUCCUGGAGCCUUGGCUGGGACUCUGAAUUUCAACACCACGGAUAGCGAAGCAUCCACUCCUUGUACAAUUGGGGACUUCUGACAAAUUCCCUUGUUUUCCAGAUCGAGGACAUACAGCAGGAAAGAGGAAGCCCUAGAUUUUUUGAGCUGAAGUUAUGGAGCACAGAACCAUCUUCCACCUUACGGUGACUCUCACCUUGUUUAGCGUUUUCUACCUCCGAGCACUCGCAUUACCUCCUUUAGGGUCAUAUUCUAACAGCAGGCUAGGGAACAGAUUGCCAUAUGAAGGAGCAAAUGAAGCAGACCAGACACAGGUGUCCUUAAAGCAAGACAUGGAUAUGUUGCAGAGUACACUACCAGACAAUGAAAAAUUCUUUCUGGACAUGACACAGGGUGUUGGCAGGACAUCCAGGCAUGCUGAUGGACUCUUCACCAGUGGUUACAGCAAACUUUUGGGUCAGCUUUCUGCUAGAAGAUACUUAGAAUCUCUAAUUGGCAAAAGAGUCAGCAACAGUGUUGUCGAAGAUCCAGCUCCAGUAAAACGUCACUCAGAUGCAGUCUUUACUGAUAACUACAGCCGCUUUAGGAAGCAGAUGGCAGUAAAGAAGUACUUAAACUCUGUUCUUACUGGCAAGAGAAGUCAAGAAGACAUUAACCCUGCAAAUCUUCGAGAAGAAAGUGAUCUAAGCCAAUCAACAUUCCCAGAGAACUAUGAUGAUGCCACAAUGGACGACCUGUUGAACCACCUGCCAUUGAACCUUUGAGGAAGACCAUUCGGUUGUUUAAUCAGAAGAACAAGUUUACUAUAUUUUUGAGUUUCACAUAGUAUUUCAAGAAGAUUACUUCUGUAUUCAAACCAAAACAAAUAUGUUGUGAGGUGAAAAUCGUGGCAAAUAUGUUUCUUAUAAUAAAAAAGUUGAUGUUUACACUGUAAAUAUUACCUUAGAGAUCUCUAUUUAGAGCUGUAAAUAGAUAUGCAAGAAUUCAUGGAAAACCUGUUAUUUCAUAUGCUUUUAAACCGUUAUUUCAAUAAACGCAUUUAAAAGACAAACAUGAGAAACAUAAAAGUGUUGCGCAUUGUAGGAUAAAAUAUUUCAGUACAAAAACUGA